AUGGGAUUGGUGGCUACUGCAUGUGACCGUUUAAGAAGGGCAGUCAAAUCUGUGAAGGACUCGGCAGUUGAGACAUCUUCUAACAAACGGGUCGCAGCACCAGAGUUCCGACCAAGAGAGAUCGAUCCACUUCAAAGCGGUUCCAGAUUAGCAGCGGAGAUUAGCAGUGUCGUGCCAAACAGCAAAACCGACUAA